AUGGAGCGGAUGUCUGAGGAGGCGCUAAGGCUCAACCUGCUAAAGCGAGGCCUGGAGUCACCCAGCGAGCGAGAGGAGGCGCUGGCCAAGCGCCUUAAAAUGGAGGGCCACGAGGCCAUGGAGCGCCUGAAGAUGCUGGCACUUCUUAAACGUAAGGACCUAGCUGACCUGGCAGCCCUUGAGGUUGCAGGGCCCCUGGGAGACGGGAAGGGUCCCGGAGCCAGCACCCUCCACCACCAGAGCCUAAUGGGGGCUGCUUAUGAGGAGAAGCUGAAUGGGAGUCUGAGGCUGGGAGGCCAUGGCAGCCAUAUUGGACCCAGUAAGAAUGGGAAGGAAAACAUCAUGGAUGAGCCAGUGGAUAUGAGCGCUGGGAGAAGAUGUGAUGCGGACCAUGACAGACGAACUCCGUCUCCAGAUGUUAUCAUCCUGUCAGAUAACGAGGCAUCCAGUCCCAGAACAACGCCUCGCCCUGAGGAGCGCCUGCACCAGGCCAACCUGGACAUGUUUAAGGGGAAGACAGGAGAAGAGAGGCAGCAGUUGAUCAAAGCUCUGAGAGAGGAGCUGCGUCUGGAGGAGGCGCGCCUGGUCCUGCUCAAGAAGCUCCGACAGAGUCAGAUGCAGAAGGAGAAUGUGGUGCAGAAGGUCCCAGUGGUUCAGAACGCUGCAUCCUCUGUGCAGCCUCCUCCCAUCCACAACUCUCCUGGCCUGGGCAAGCUGCCUGUGAGGCCAGGCCUGCACAACCCUGAGCCCCAGAACCUCCGCAAUGCACAGGGUCAUACAGUCAUCAGGUCAGCAGCCAAUGCCAGCCUGCCCCCCAUGCUGAUGUCCCAGCGAGUAAUCGCCCCUAACCCUUCCCAGCUGCAGGGCCAGAGGGUUUCCUCUAAGACUGGGAUGUCUCGCUCCAGCUCCAGCAGCAUGGCCAAUGCCGUGAGCUACCAGCAGGUACAUGUGUUGAAGCAGCAGCGCUGUAUGGGUUUGACCAAUCAGCAACAGUCAUCCCUGCAAACCCCACCCCGAAAGUUCCUGUACUUUCAGAAAGUACUACCCCACGAGCCAGGCGUGGACUGGGCCAAAAAUUGGCCCUGGCAUUUUGGUCCAGACCGGCCCACCACAAUCGAUCACACAAAUGCCAGCCAGCAGGUGGCAGCUUCCCAGCGCUCCGGCUCCAGCGCCAUGUACAUGAACCUGGCCCACAUGCAAGCGGCGGGGGCCGGCGGGGUGGCAGGCGGCCUGGGCGGAGCUUCAGCCGUCAGCCCAUCCACCAUGUCCAGCUCGGCUGGCGGAGGGGUGAGCUCCAUGGCCGACCAGGCCAGCAGCCAGGCGGCGGCUAAGCUGGCCCUGAGAAAGCAGCUGGAGAAAACCUUGCUGGAGAUCCCUCCACCCAAACCCCCCGCCCCACUCCUCCACUUCCUGCCCUCUGCCGCCAACAGCGAGUUCAUCUACAUGGUGGGCCUGGAGGAGGUGGUUCAGAGUGUGCUCGACAGUCAGGGUAAACUCAGAGGGCCACUGGGCCGCAUGGAGCCUUUCUUCUGCGCCCAAUGCAGAACCGACUUCACCCCCCACUGGAAGCAAGAGAAGAGCGGGCGAAUUCUCUGUGAGCAGUGCAUGACUUCCAAUCAGAAGAAAGCCCUGAAGGCGGAGCACACCAACAGGCUGAAGAACGCCUUUGUGAAGGCCCUGCAGCAGGAGCAGGAGAUUGAACAGAGGCUGCAGCAGCAGGCGGCCCUCUCUCCCAGCUCGGCCCCUACUGGCCCCAACGCCUCCAAGACUGACUCCAUGAUCCGACAUCAUGCACUCCGUCAGGCUCCCCAGCCUCAGGCCUCCCUGCAGCGAGGUCUGUCCAACUCGGCGCGAGGCGUCCUGUCCAACUUCGCCCAGGCCUCCCAGCUGUCAGUGGCCAGCAGCCUCAUGGGAAUGACUAGUGCCAAGCACUGUGGCAGCGGUGGAGGCAGCAGCAGUAGCAGCAAUCGACUGCAGCAUGACAGCCGUCGCCAGAUCUACAACAUCCCAGGGUUAAAUAUUGCCUAUCUGAACCCAGCGGCAGUUGGAGCCCAUAAGAGCUCCAGCUUAGCAGACCGGCAGAGAGAGUACCUGUUGGACAUGAUCCCACCUCGAUCCAUAUCGCAGUCCAUCACCGGACAGAAAUGAGCCCUGCCCAGAUUUCCUGUUCCUCUGAAGCCCCCGCCAUCCUGCCAACCCUACCCCAUACUAAAGCACUCCCAGACUGACCAACAUCCCCACCCCAUACCCCCAUCGCAUGCAGUGCCUGUCCGUGUGCCUACCUUAAACCAACCCAUGAAAACCCACCGGUCGGACAAAGACACUAAAGUUUCAGUGCAUCUCAAAUGUUCUUAUUAUAGUAAAAAUCUUCUUCGUCAGCGUUGUUUAACAAUUAUAAUUCCCAUUAUUAUCGCUGUUGGUAGCACUAUUAUUAUACCUGCAACUACCAUUUUUGCUUCAGUUAUGAUUACUCAUUAUGCUUUUUUCUUUUAUAAGUGUUUCUCUGCUGUUUCCUUUACUUUGAGCAGUGACAGUGACUCAUUGUAGGGCCACUUUAGGCCAUGAUCAUGUAGGAUUUCUUUUCUCCAUUCAAUUAUAAAGCUUAGAUGUGACUAUUGCUAGUAACAGAAGAUCAACAGGGUGCAUUCUGGUUGCUAUGCAACAUAAAGUUUAACAACUUUGAAGCUUUGUAAAAAGUGUUAGCUCGCUAACUUGGAGUAACAAAGUGGAAAACCGAAAUGGGAACAGAAACGGGCAGAGCAGCCACACUUGUAUUAUCUUGUCGAAAGGGCCAGCUCCGACACGUUCAACCUGGAGUUUGGGGCAGCAUCACCAACUGUGAGGGGACACCCUGCUACCAUCAGAGCUCAUUAACUGGAAAUGACUUGUGUACAAAUGAGAAUCCUAUGUGAUCAGAGUUUGGGAAACCUUUUCCUUUGCUAGUCAGUUCCCACCAUUCCCCAUCAAAAGGUCAUCAGUGUGUCCUGCUACAGAGUGUAACCGCUGCCAUCUGGAUGGAGCUGGUGAUUGGCGCUGUACUAUCAGGGCUGACCGACGCAGCCUCGGCCUGACUGCACCUUCAGCCGACCAAUCGUUGAUAGAAACUCCAGCAAGGAGGGAGCUGACAGGCCGGAGGACGUCCUUGACAAACACACCCAGUAUUCACAGGGGGAUGGUGGUGUCUACUCAGAGAGAAGCAAGUUGAUUUUCCCUCCCAUCUCACUACCUGCCCCCCAUCCACCUAGAUACCUUUGGUUAUCCAGUAUGCACAGACUGAACCCUUUUUACCCAGCAGCUCCUCUUGGCAUCACGCGUUCUUUAAGAGAGUGAAAAAAAACUCAAAUCUGAAGGCGGAAGCACAUUUUAUGCGUCCAAACCACAGAUUCUGUACCUGGAAACCUAGAAAUCUGGGUUCCUUUUCUUGUUAUAUUUGGGUUUUUAGAUUGUUUUCUGAUUGUUGAACCCCCCACCCAACCUUUACUGCUUCUUUUUUGUCAUUUGUUUGUUUGUUUUGCGGCGUCUCCUAAUGAAAUGGUGGCAUACCUGAGAGGUAUUAGUCCCCGGAGACGAUAAUAAUCACCAUAGCUAAAAAAAAAACAGAAACUAUUGAAAUAUCUGUAUGGAUUAUGUAUAGAUACCUAGCUUCAGAGGGAGAAAAAAAGAUGUGGAUUAUAUCUUUUAUGGGAGAGACAUGGAUCAAUCAUUGUGUGCAUGCUCUGCACACAAGUUGCCUCACUCCAGAGGAGCACUUUGCAUAUUUCCAAUUGGAAAAACAUUUUUUUUAAAGAGGAAAAGAAUGUUACAAUUGAGAGUGGCUAAGGUCUGGAUGCUGGCUGAUUGCUGACCAGAGCGUCAAAGGAGAUGUCCUGAGAUUGUGUGGAUUGCAUCAAGGUGUGUUUUAAGGGAUGAUAAAUGGUUUUAUGCUAAUUUACUUUGUCAGUGUUGAUCUCUGUUGAUGUUGGACCUUAAGUGUCAGCUUCCAAAUCCCUGGUACCCAGUGUGCUGGGAUUAGACCCAGGCUUUAUAUAAGCUGCUAGAGUAGAUGGACCAGCAUCAGCACUGGGUUCCAUGGACUCACUGUCUGGAAACACCCAGUUUAAGUCCAGUUAUUUUCCUUUGCAGUGCAUUCAAUCAGUGGGACACCACCAGAUGCUGCUGCUGCUGCAACACAUCCUCUUUACAGAUCUGUGUCCCAGAGUUUCCUCAGCAUUUCCCACCAAUACAUAGGAUGUGUCACCCUGUCUUAAAGGAUAAAAGUGGUUUAGAAUUCUAACCCAUUUACUUACAUCUAAUUGGCUAUAUAUACACACACAAACUACCCUAAUGUAACGUGUUCUAACAACAACUCAGGAGUGGUGGGCUCCCAGUUUUGUAGUAGCUCAGGCAUUUCAAGCAGUGUUGAGUGAUGGUGCAGUAUUACUGAUGGAACACACAGAGGCUGGGAUGAAGUCCGUCUGGGUUUGAGAUAUAGGGUUCUAAACUUAACGUCCAACACAUUUCAGUCUGAUGAGUCAAAUACUUGACGAGGAGGUUAAAACCUCAGCUUCCAAACAAGUCUCACGUUGUCAACUGUCUAUAUAAUCUAUUAAAUCAUUUGGAUAAAAUACCAUGCAAAGUCCAAUCAUUCCAGGCAGGUGCAUUUAAACUGUCCAAGAGAACAUCCAGAUUGUUGAAACAAGGUUCAUCAUUGACAUGAGACCGACACUGUUGCAGAGGGUUACAGGUGGCCAACACACGCCAGGCAGCCAUGUUGGAUUCCUUCAGUUCUUGGGCAACAGCCGAUGUGUUUCUAACAAAACGUUUCUCUCUCCGUUUCUGUGCAGUUAAUGUGUGUGUGAAUGGAACCGUAUGUUUGGUUACAUUACACUCAGUUCAGUCUGGUCUCACUCUUUAACUUGGAAUCCUCUGUUAAGCGUUGUGCAGACAUUCACUUUGUCAGGAACUUGGUUUAUGACCAAACACCUGCAAAAUCAUCAGCUUCAGCUGGACUUUGUGUUUAGUGUGAAUUAGCUAUGCGAUGCAAACAUGUAAGCUGAAGCUAAAAAGCAAGAGAAGUUAAGGUGGCAGUUAAAAACCCUUUCUAAAAGUAUCAAUUUAAAAAAAAGUCUAAUACUUUUUAACUUUUUGCUAAAAAUGAAAUGGGGAAAAGUCACUAUAGCACUUCGUGUGUGUGUGUGUGUGUGUGUGUGUGUGUGUGUGUGUGUGUGUGUGUGUGUGUGUGUGUGUGUGUGUGUGUGUGUGUGUGUGUGUGUGUGUGUGUGUGUGUGUGUGUGUGUGUGUGUGUGUGUGUGUGUGUGUGUGUGUGUGUGUGAAACUGGCCAGUCUUGUCCAGGCCUUUGAUUGGAACAUAACUACUGUCUGUACUGUAGUAGAAACUAGCAGUGUUGAAUUAGUUGGCUAAGCCAGCUAACAAAGCUCUUGUCUUCAUUGCACUGUUAUUUCUUCAGACUUCCUUCGGUCUCGGAAGCUAACGCAGGAUCAGGUCAGUAACAAAUCUAAAAACUCAACUUUAACAAGGAAAUAGUCAUUUUAACAAAGUAAUUGACCUUGGUUGUGCGAUGAAGUGCUCAGUCUUCUCUAGCUAAUGCAGUAGCAGAAUAUGUUCUAGGUUAAGUCUGUUUUAAAAGCCCAAUGGAAGAAAGCCUUUAUGGAACCCCCCACUGUCUGGCCAAUGAUAGUGGAGCACAGGCUAGUACUUCAGUUCUCUCAUUAGCUCCUCUUCUCAAGCCAAGACAAUUUAGGACAAACCCAGGACACUACCACAGUAAUAUAAACUAUAACUAUCAAUAAAAACUGUCUUUUCGGGUGUCUCUGAUUCUGGAGCUUUGAUUAUAUUUAAUAACAGUCAGUUCUCUAAUGAAUGUCUUUGAUGGAGCUCCAGACGGUUGAGAGGUUUGUGGUGUAGCCUCGUGCUAAUCUCCGGUUAUUGUCGUUUUGUACGUGAAUCUGUGUCACUGUUCCACUUAGCCUCUGCGCUGGAACCCCUCCCCCGUCCAUAUGUGCACAGUGGUUGAUGGUGUGCACAUAUGGACGGACUGUCAGAUGGACGUGUUCUGGUUCAGUCCAGACCUGCCGUCAGUGCGUUAGAACGAGCCGAUGAUAAAAACAGCCCAGUGAAAUGAAGACUUAUGAAACUACCUAGAUUCUACCUAAAUUAAACGGAAGUUUCUACUUGGAAAACAUCCUUUUUGUUAAUUAUUAUAUUUAAAAUAAAAAAAAACAUUAAUCAAUUUUCCCUUUGGUGAAACACUUGAGAUUGGAUGUAGAGAUAUAUUUUCAUGAGAUUUUAAUGUCUGGGAUAAUUUUUUACUGCCACUCGUGAUUUGAUUUUAGUAAUGUUUUUGUCAUACAUCUCCUUUUGCUGCCAAGCUGAAGUUUAAGAAGAAAAAGCUCCGGUCUCUUGCUCUUUUGCAGAUGCAUCCACACACUUUGUAUUUGGACUGCAGAUUCUUUCUUGAAAUCUAAAAAUUUAAAUCUGAAGUCAUUCUUUCUCUGAUGUCUCAAUUGAGUUUUUUUUUCUUUCUAUUGCAGUUUAAAAAAAAAAAAGAAACAAAUGUAUUGAUUAUGAAAUAAAUGACACGAUAUUUGCUAGGUUUGAAGUAAUAAUGACUUAUUGUACAUAAGCAUUUUCUCCUCCCUUGUACUGAAAAAAGAAAUUAAAUGGUUGUAUAUUGUGUAGAAAAGCAAACAAAAAGCCAUGAAUAUUGUGAAGCUUGUCAUUUCGUUUUGUGAUCACUGUGUAUUAUUGUGUAACAAAUGUGCAAAAUGUUUGGGAUUCUUUUUCCCCCCCUGCUUCUCGAAGCGGCCUCCCUGGAUGCAUUGGCUUUGGUUGGGGACUAGUUCCAGUUUGCAGGAAGGUGCUCAUUGGUUCAGACAGAGGGGACAGUCUGCAGUCUGCUUCACGUUAGACAACCACCAUUUCUUUAGUUUCCUCUUGGAGCUUUGAAACUUGAAAUAACUUUGUUUCUUACAAAAUGGUUUCCUGAACUCACUCUAGAUAAAAGCACUUUGAAUGUUUCACUGGGUGUGUUGGAUUACAUAGACCGAAUGAAGGGACCCUCCUGAAAUAAUGGUUUGAUCCAGGGCCAGACUGAUGUACCACUUGGCUGAUACUGGCCUCCCACUAAAUGACAUACAAAUGAUGUCCGCUGACCACUUUCAUAUGUCCACGUAUUCAGGCAGCUAUUGGCUUUCUGUUAACAUGCGAGUCCUGGAAUGUGCUGGGCUGGGCUGUGGCUGCUCAAACAUUUGUGCUCCUCACGGCGUUGGAAGAUUACAUUUAAAAAGUCGACAUGGUUUCCAGUGUCCAAUUAAUAUCCAGCCUUUCCAGCUAUUCACAGAGCCUGAGGGGAACAGUGACAUUGACUCUGGACCCUGGACAAAUAAUGCAAAGUUACAUUAUCUGUAUACCUAUAUACUAGCAGGGCUAAAUGAGAAAAUGCUUUCUAAUUAUAGAGAACCCUUAAUUUACAGUGUCCAUAUUAAAUCAAUGGCUGACUGGAGCAUAGACAAAACAUAAAUAAAUAAAAAUGUCAGUGACUCCAUAAGUGGACUAUGAUAAAUGGUCUUAACCUUAAACACUCCAAAUGUUGAUAUGAUCCUAACCGGAGUCUCUAGAGGGUCUACAUGCUGUUAGGCCCAACAGCCUGCUAAGGCCUGUCCUCUUAGCUGAGGCAGCCCCAUUGGAAUAGUUUGGCACUAAAUAUCCACAUCUAGGUAUACGCACUUCCAUCAGUGGAACCCUUGUCUGACCUUCAGAAGAUGUUUCUUGUUAAAUCUGAAUCAGUGACCACUUUUCCUGCCAACACCAGCAUUCUACUCUACUGUUUGGCUUUAUCUUCUAUUAGUUGUUGUUGUUGCUAAUGCAGGGAAACAUUUAAUUUCAAAAAUCAGUUUUAUCAAUUUUCAGUUGUCUUUUUGUAUAAUGUUGACAAUGUUGAAAUAAACAUCUGGGGAAGCAGAAACAGAUGAUGAAAUCGACCGGAAACCAAUUGAAGUCUUUUUUUUGUUGUUUUGCUUACAUCAAUCCUGACCUUUUGCACAUACUUGAUAUUUAACGGUCUUCAAAAAAGUAAAAGAAAAUAAUGCUGUUUGAAUACUGCCAGUUGAUUGACAAUUAUGCAUUGAUUGAAAAAAUAAGCUAAUUUUGGAGGAAAUAACUUUGUAAUAUUUAUCUCUUGCAAGCUAUGUUUAAUAAAGGUUGAAACAAUUUG